AUGGUUGUAGCGUUGCGACAGACCGCCUUCCGUACUUGGCGCGGCGACAAUCGGCAGAAACGUGGGUUCUACCAUGAACGCAGCCAUCACGUCACGGCAGACGAAGCGACAACUGCGGAUCUACGAGCGACUUGCGUCCUUUUCGUGCAUUCCCUGCCACAUUUUCGACGAUUCCACGACGCGCGACUAUUAACCGGCUCACGACUAGCGAAUCCGCAGCGACAACGAGGGACACGAGCAGCCAUGGCCAAGCCGACAAACUGGGGUCUCUGGGCCAAGGUCAUAAUCGCAGGCGUCGGCGUGAGCGUCGGCGGCCCGGCGCUGACGUACUGGGUCGUGCCGACCGAGGAGGAGCUGCGCUCGCGGUACAACCCGGAUCUGCUCAAGAAGAGCAUCGAGGGGCGAGCGGAGCGCGAGGCCGAGUUCAACGACUUUGUGACGAAGCUCAAGGAGUACUCCAAGUCGGACAAGCCGAUCUGGACGGUCAUUCAGGAGGAAGAGGAGAAUAGAAAGCGCCAAGAGGCCAGGUCGACGCGGGAACUGGCGAGGGAGGCGGAGGCGAGGAGGGAGGCCAUGCGCAAGGAGGCUGGCCUGAAGUGA